CCAGUAUUGAGGGUUCUGGUUUAGACCCAGUUUAUUUCAUUUUACUGUAAACCAUGACUGAAGCAGAGUUAUACACCGUCUACAAAGGCGUCUAUGUACCUACACACUUACAUCCUGCAGAGAGCCUCAAGUUUUACGAGGAGUUUUCUUUCCGUCCAGAUGACAUUAUUAUCGUCACGUAUCCAAAGUCAGGCACAACUUGGAUGCAAGAACUUGUGCCACUCAUUAUGAGUGGAGGCGAUCCAGCCUCUGUGGAGACUCUUCCAAACUGGGAUUGAGUCCCCUGGUUGGAGGUGCACCGGGCCUAUAUACUUAACCUCGAGGAGCGGCCAUCACCUCGGAUGUUUGCUACACAUUUCCACUACAACAUGAUGCCCACGUCCUUCUUUAAAGUUAAACCUAAGGUCCUCUAUGUCAUGAGGAACCCCAAAGAUGUAUUUACGUCGUCUUUUCACUAUUAUGGGAUGGCUUCCUACUUGGUCAAACCCGGUUCCCAGACAGAGUUCCUGCACAAGUUCCUUGAGGGAAAAGUGGUAUUUGGCUCCUGGUUUGAUCACGUUAAAGGCUGGAUUAAUGCAGAGGAUAAAGACAGAAUAAUGUUCAUCUCCUAUGAAGAAAUGAUCAUGGACCUGAAGGACUCUGUGACCAGAAUGGCAACAUUCUUGGAGAAACCUUUGGAAGACGCAGUGAUAGAGAAGAUCGCAGACAGAUGUGUGUUCAAGAACAUGAAGAAGAACAAAAUGUCAAACUAUUCAUUGGUUCCUUCUGAAUUCAUGGACCAGAAAAAGUCUGAAUUUCUCAGGAAAGGUGUGUUUUGCUUUAAUGACGUGCACACUGUUGACUGUAAAUUCUAUUAG